CGUUCUUAUUAAGACCUCCAGCCUGCACACCAAGGUAUUAAUUGGCCUACCAUUCAAACAUUUAAACUAUUACAUAUCUCGAAUGGAGGUCCUUAAACAGCUUCAUACAUCUGUUGCUCAAGCCUUUGAAAAUUCUUUUGAUAAAGCCUACAGAGAUUUCAAUGCAGAGCUCAAUCGCUGUAACGCGCGCGUUCGGGAUGCAGAACAGAAAGCUGAAGAAGCCGAAGAAGCACACCACAACACCACAUCUGAGAUAACGAUUCUGAGGGAUAAAAUAGCUCUGUUACAAGAAGAGCUACGUCAAAAUGAAAUUGACUCUAAGGAGAGGGAGCUCACAGCCGAAACAUCCCUGCAAUUGGAGGAAAUGUAUGACCCCAGCCAUGUUUUAGGCGACAUCAGCACUUCCGACCUGAGCGCAGCAGAUAUGAAUGCAGUUUGUAAUAAAUAUGCCAAGCUCUAUGAACAAGCUUCAAUUCUUGUACGUGCCUCUGGUGAUCUCAGGAGACAAGUCAAACGGCACAAGAGAAAGUUGGAACACUUCCAAAAGAGUCUCCAACGUCAAGACUUUUCUCUCUUGAUCAACGGGACAAUUGUCAGAUUCCAACGUGUCAAGAGCACAGAGCCCAGUGAUCAGGAAGAUUUGCCUGUUCCAAGAUCAACAUCCAUGGCUACUGGGCUGUUAGACAUACCAAACAGUAAAGCGCAGGCGAACGACUCUACCCCAGCAUCAACUGUCCCAAUCUCUGGGGCAAACAGCGACCCAGUCGGUGCUGGCGCCGCUGGCGAAUCAGAAAAUGGACGCGAGAAUCGGUUUCAGGGGAAAUAUCCAGAAUCGAACUCGACACCCUCGGACGUUUCAACAGAUGAAGUGCAGCCGUCUAUCGCGACUGUAGACUCUCGCACUCAAAACAGCCGAAUGCUAAAGCGAAAGCGACCCGAAUUCGGCAGAUCUCUUUCCGGCAACAAUUCAAGUUUGAGAGGUCCGGAAAAUGGUGGAUCAGAACGCCCGAUUGUUGUCAAAAGCGAAACCCUAUCCUCGAGCCCCCUAAGAAUGUACUCCCAGCACGCAGCCCCAAGCACCCAAGACCUAGAUGACAUUGGCAGCAGCGUUGCGACGCCAACAAAGGAGACCCCAUUCUACAGGGAUCAGGACAUUUUACCUCAGCAAAGAGAUCCUGCCGCUAGCAUUGGAUCGCCAUCAACAAGGCGCAUGCAGCCAAAUCAUACAAACGUACAGAAUCAGUCAAUCUUAAGGUGGCCAGGAAUUCUUCAGCCUAUCAAUGACAAUCCGAGAAAUAUCAGCAGUCCUGUUCAGCCACACAAAGGACGAGUCAAAAUGUUCAACAAGGAGUUUAAAAGUAGAAUAUCCAGUAUAGCAGAAGAUGGGGACGAGAACUAUUGUCAGUCCAGCACAAGGGGCCAAGAAAAUAGAUCUCCAGAAAAGAGGCCAAAAACUCAUCCAUCAACUUCCCAACGACUACAGGACCUUCUUGAGAAGCCAUCGCCUACAAGCCGGCUGCUGUUGCAAUUAAACGGACAUGAGGCUCAUACCCCAAUCCAAAGUUGUACGCGGCACUCUCCGACAAAGGAUCGAACAAGUAUAAGAUGUCAAAAGAGAACAGAUACCACUAUGCCUAGCAAUGCGGCCACGAUAUCAGGGUCCUCGCGGCCUAGUUCAAGCUCGGGCAUACGACAGAAUGAGAGUAGGCCCUCUCGUCAAACAAGAGGCCCUAGCCAAAUAGACGUGUUGCCUGAUGAUGAACCUUUCAGGGCUCGACCACUACGCCGGCUGGAUCUGGAGCAUUUCAAAAUAAAUCCGGAUUACAACCAUGGGCUGGAUUAUGCAUACAAUGAAGUUGUCCGAAAAAGGGAUGAGCGCAAAUGCAUUAAUGGAUGCACGCGCCCUGGGUGCUGUGGGGAUAAGUUCCUCGCCAUGGCACGUUUUGGAUUCCCAACCAACCCAUCAACGAAAGACAAGGAUGAUCUGGAAAUCCUAGAGGAAUAUUUGGGGGGGGAUAAGCAUCUUAUAGACAAACUUAGCCCCGAGGAGCGUCGAAGCCUCCUAGAAGAGGCAAAGGCGAGAGAUAUUUCGAAUCGUUUUGGGAGACACAGGCAUCAGCACCAGCGUCCCAGCACCCCUCCCGGGUUCUGGCGCACAGAUAUGCCCGGUACACAGGAAUUGGAAGACGACCACGAGGAGGCGCAAAGAAUGCAAAGAGACGAGGUGAAAAGGCGACACAGAGAAGCAAUGCGCGCAGGUGGACAGUGGAAAUUCGCGGAUGAAUAAAAGAGCUGGAGUUGGUUUGAAAUAAAUACAAGACCAUAAUUUAUCAAGCAUACUCACAUUAGGGUUACUGAUCUGUACUUCCCAUCUUAAUCUCUCUCUACAACCUCGGUUGGUCUCCUUGGCAUAUGUACAUACGCAGGACACGUGCGAUCGCAACU